AAUCUCAGUGAUACCUUGAAAAAGCUGAAGAUAACAGCUGUUGACAGAACUGAGGACAGUUUGGAAGGAUGCUUGGAUUGUCUGCUGCAAGCGCUGGCUCAAAAUAAUAUGGAAACAAGUGAAAAAAUCCAGGGAAGUGGAAUACUUCAACUGUUUGCAAGUCUGUUGAUCCCACAGUCUUCCUGCACAGCCAAAGUAGCUAACAUCAUAGCAGAAGUAGCCAAAAAUGAAUUUAUGCGAAUUCCAUGUGUGGAUGCUGGAUUGAUUUCACCACUGGUGCAGCUGCUAAAUAGCAAAGACCAGGAAGUGCUGCUUCAAACGGGCAGGGCUCUAGGAAACAUAUGUUAUGAUAGCCAUUCCCUUCAAGCUCAGCUUAUCAAUAUGGGUGUUAUUCCUACCUUAGUGAAAUUACUGGGUAUCCACUGCCAAAAUGCAGCUCUUACAGAAAUGUGUCUUGUUGCAUUUGGCAAUUUAGCAGAGCUUGAGUCAAGUAAAGAACAGUUUGCCGGUACAAAUAUUGCUGAAGAGCUGGUAAAACUCUUCAAGAAACAAAUAGAACAUGAUAAGAGGGAAAUGAUUUUUGAAGUUCUUGCUCCAUUGGCAGAAAAUGAUGCCAUUAAACUACAGCUGGUUGAAGCAGGCCUGGUGGAAUGUCUCCUGGAGAUUGUUCAACAGAAAGUGGAUAGUGACAAAGAAGAUGAUAUUGCUGAGCUCAAAACUGCUUCAGAUCUAAUGGUUUUACUACUUCUUGGAGAUGAAUCCAUGCAGAAAUUAUUUGAAGGAGGAAAAGGGAAUGUGUUUCAGAGGGUGCUGUCCUGGAUCCCAUCAAGCAACCACCAGCUGCAGCUUGCUGGAGCGCUGGCAAUUGCAAAUUUUGCCAGAAAUGAUGGAAAUUGUAUCCAUAUGGUAGACCAUGGGAUUGUAGAAAAGCUUAUGGAUUUACUGGACAGACAUGUGGAAGAUGGAAAUGUAACUGUGCAGCAUGCCGCCCUCAGUGCCCUCAGAAACCUUGCCAUUCCAGUUGUAAAUAAAGCAAAGAUGUUAUCAGCUGGAGUCACAGAGGCAGUUUUGAAAUUCCUUAAGUCUGAAAUGCCCCCGGUUCAAUUCAAACUUCUGGGAACAUUAAGAAUGUUAAUAGAUGCACAAGCAGAAGCUGCUGAACAACUGGGAAAGAAUGUUAAAUUAGUAGAGCGUUUGGUGGAAUGGUGUGAAGCCAAAGAUCACGCUGGAGUGAUGGGGGAGUCAAACAGACUGCUCUCUGCUCUCAUACGGCACAGUAAAUCAAAAGAUGUAAUUAAAACCAUUGUACAGAGUGGUGGCAUCAAGCAUCUAGUUACCAUGGCAACCAGUGAACAUGUAAUAAUGCAGAAUGAAGCCCUUGUUGCUUUGGCACUAAUAGCAGCUUUAGAAUUGGGCACUGCUGAGAAGGAUCUAGAGAGUGCUAAACUGGUACAGAUUUUACACAGACUGCUAGAAGAUGAGAGAAGUGCUCCUGAAAUCAAAUAUAAUUCCAUGGUCCUGAUCUGUGCUCUUAUGGGAUCUGAGUCGCUACACAAGGAAGUACAGGAUUUGGCCUUUCUAGAUGUUGUAUCCAAACUUCGCAGUCAUGAGAACAAAAGUGUUGCCCAACAGGCCUCUCUCACAGAGCAGAGACUUACUGUGGAAAGCUGAGAACUGCCUCUCCCUGGUACAUGGCAUCAUCCCAUCUCUCACUGCCCCUUUGUCCUCCAUCCAGCUGCCUCUUCUGCUUCAUUCUCUACCAUGUCACUUGUGCAUGCGUGUAAUGUCCCAAUACCUAUUGAAGAACUGCUGUAGGUACCUGCCCAAUAAGAUUUCUAAACCUAUAGUUAGUGUGACCAUGAAUUUGUCAAAAACAAGUCUCCACCCAUAACUGUUCUCUUGUAUUCCCAUUGCUUGAGCUACAUUAAGUAGAAUGUGCAUGUUGUAGUCCUAUGAUGAUGUAAACUUGGUACUACAUAAUGACUUGCUCCUCACACUUGGUAAACUACAUAAUAAUGUACUGGUAAAUUAGAAACAAGCAAGAAUGCAGCAGGAUCUGUCUAGCUUACUAAAGAUGGAAUUGAAUAGUAAAAAUAGCUCCAUUUUUUUUUGGUGCUUGGGAAGCACAGUGACCAAAAAACUGUAUGGCUGCUCAUUCAUUAGUCUUACCUACUAAUGUCAAGCCCAUGGUACCUAGAGUUAAAUAAAAUCCAGUGCUCUCACUCUUUA